AUGGAAAAAAUUCCUUGAUCUGCUUUAAAGAGAAAUAAAAUGGUUACGUUGAUAGAAAUAAACUCCGAGGCGAGAUCCCUGAGGGUCGGACCCACUCUGAUAAAGUUGGAAACAGAGCCUCUGCCCUCUUUGAAAUAGGUCUUCAGGCUUGGGGAUGCCUUGCCAAAAAGUGAAGUUUGGUUUCACCUCCAAAAAUUUUCUUGUCUGCCAGAUGGAUUCUGCUUAUCACAAGGCAUUUCCUCAUUGGAUCAUCGUUGGAUAGAGAUGACAAGGGUUGGAAAUCUAAAAUGGCAACAUUUUUGAACUAAGAUGGGCGAUAGUUAGUGGGUUUACCCACUUAUGGCCAGCCAAAUCGUCUAAUUUAUUUAUUUGACCUGUUUUAGCAAACAUUUUAACAAUUGUAGGAUCUUUCCCUGAGAUUUUAAGAUUGCUUUUAGUUUGUAAAAAAUGAAAAUCAAUCAUUGAAGGAGCUUAUCAUUAUGUGACCUUUCAGGGAGCACGAAGUUUCCAACUAACGCCAUGAGAAAUAGUCAUUUACACUAGUCUUCGUAAGUUUAGAGAAGGCUGAAAAUUGACUUCUUUAGAUCUAAGGAAUGUUAAUUGUAGAGCAGAAAAUCUUGCAAAAAUUAUUGUCUCUAAUCCUGAAAUGCUGAAGCUUGAUUUGUCAAAUUCAUUUUGUGAUUUAGUAAGCCUUUGAGAGGAAACUUUAAAAGAAAUGGAGAUCUCAAACCAAAAAAACCAUAAACUAGAAGAGCUUAGAUUAACAAAUGUCAAAGGAUCGGAACCUAUUAGAGAAACAUUAGCGAUAUGUUUCCCAAAUUUAGCCAAGCUAUACAUCGGCAACACCUCUACUUCUUGAGAAUCUAUUAAAAUUUUGAUAUGCUCCUUACAAAAAUUGAAAAUUCUUGACAUCUCUUAUUGUUUUUGUGCAGAUGGAUUAAAUUUAAAAGAAUUAGAAGAAUCAUUAAGCAGAACAUCUCUGCGAGCUGUUUACCUUGAUGCUUGCGAUAUCGAAGUAUUAAAUAUAUUUAAAAGAAAACACAUUGAAAUUAUCAAUAGAAAUAUUGAAUCUUUGCUUAAUCAAAUAAAAUCAAUAGCUGACUUGGAAUUACUCGAAAUCUUCCUUAAAAAUGGAGGAGAUGUUAAUUUACUGAGCACACAUCAAAAUUCGCCACAAAAAGACUUCAUCAUGAGAAACUCUGAUGAAGAACUCAUUUGCAAAGCUUUUCAAUUGAUGAUUAGGUAUAAUCUUGAUCUAUAUCAAAACAAUAACACAUAUAUAAAUUCAUCCAUAGGCAAGCAAUUGAAAAAGCUCUUCGAAAUAUUAUUGAGAUGCGGUGCAGAUAUUUGGCCAAACUAUGGUUCUCAUCAUGAGCAUCCUAUAGUUUUAGCGACAAAAUCAAACGAUCCAUCGAUACUCCAAUUAUUUAUUAACUAUAAUUAUCAAAAGCAGGACAAUUAUCUUGGAAGAACUUGCAACCCAAUCUGCUCAGCAGCUUCUGAAGAAAAUUGAAAAAUGUUUGCAUAUCUUGCUAACAACUCUGUGCCUUAUUUUAGAUGUCCAUGUCAUAAGAACAUACUUUUUACAGAUAGUGAAUGUUUUGAUACUUUACUAAAUUCAUAUUGCUAUCUAUUUACAUUAGAAAUGCUAUAUGAAGCAGCUCAAGUUUAUGUAAGGCAUUUAAAUAAUAAAAGAGCAUCAAUGCUUAUUGAAAUUAUAGCCGCUAGGCAAGGGCAUAUAAGCGAAAAAAGCAUUCUAGCAAAUUUAUCAAUUAUAAAAUUUGGAAAAGAGAUUAGACUACCACUUAUGGUCAUUGCAGCUGAAAGUCGAGCUUUGAGGAUUCUAUACAAAUUGACUGAAAAAGGCUUUGAUGUUAGUAUGGGAGAUAAUACUGGAAUUACUGCUUUAAUGUCAGCUUCGAUAAAAGGCUAUCCUGAUGUCAUCAAUUUUCUUUGCUUAUGUGGAGCACCCGUAAAUCAAAAAGAUUUUUCUGGAAAGACUGCGCUUCAUCAUGCUGCGAAAAAUAAUCAGGUAGAAGCUAUUAAAGAAUUAAUAAAAUCUGGGGCAGUGAUUAAUUCAAUAUCUAAUGAUGGAUUCACACCUUUAGACUUAUCAAUAAGAGACUCUACUUCAGUUUUGAAACAUUUAGGAGCUUUUAAUGGAGUUCGAGUGCAGGUAGCAGAACCAGAUAAUAAAGAUCCAUAUUCAUUUUUUUAA